GCUUCCCCGUAGUGUCUCGGCGGCUCCCGGCAGCUGCGAACGAGCCUCGCCGGGCGGCCCCCCAGCCCCGCUGCUGCUGCCCCCCGAGAGAGCCCCCUCCGCGAGCCAGCAAAGCGCCCAGCCAUGGCCGAAGGCGGCGGCGGCGGCGGCGAAGGCGAAGAUGAUGUGCAAUUUCUCCGGACCGAAGAUGAGGUCGUCCUUCAGUGCUCAGCCACAAUCCUGAAGGAACAGCUGAAACUAUGCUUGUCUGCCGAAGGCUUUGGGAACCGGCUCUGCUUUCUGGAAUCUACCUCCAAUGCUCAGAAAGUCCCCCCCGACCUGGCUAUAUGUUGCUUCAGCCUGGAACAGUCGUUGUCCGUACGAGCCCUGCAGGAGAUGCUGGCCAACACGGUGGAGGUGGGCUCCGAGUCUUCCCAAGGUGGUGGACACCGGACUCUGCUGUAUGGACACGCAAUUCUUCUCCGGCAUUCCCACAGUGGCAUGUAUUUAAGCUGCCUAACCACAUCCCGCUCUCUUACGGAUAAACUGGCCUUUGAUGUGGGUCUUCAGGAGGAUGCAACAGGAGAAGCCUGCUGGUGGACCAUCCACCCGGCCUCCAAGCAGAGGUCAGAAGGGGAGAAGGUGCGUGUCGGUGACGACCUCAUCCUUGUCAGUGUCUCAUCUGAGCGGUACCUGCACCUGUCUACAGCCAGUGGUGAGCUGCAAGCGGACGCCUCCUUCAUGCAAACGCUUUGGAACAUGAACCCCAUCUGCUCAGGCUGUGAGGAAGGAUAUGUGACCGGCGGCCACGUCAUGCGCCUCUUCCACGGACACAUGGACGAGUGCCUCACCAUCUCCACCACGGACCAGAAUGAAGAUCAGCGCAAGGUGGUGAACUAUGAAGGCGGAGCUGUCUGUUCCCAGGCUCGCUCCCUCUGGCGCUUGGAGCCCCUCCGCAUCAGCUGGAGCGGCAGCCACAUGAAGUGGGGGCAGCCCUUCCGAGUCCGUCACGUCACCACCGGCCGCUACCUGGCGUUGACCGAGGAGAAGGGGCUGGUGGUGGUGGAUGCGGAGAAGGCCAACACCAAAGCCACUGCGUUUUGCUUCCGUAUCUCCAAGGAAAAGUUGGAUGUGGUCCCCAAGCGAGACGUGGAGGGGAUGGGCGCCCCUGAGAUCAAGUACGGGGAGUCCAUGUGCUUUGUGCAGCACGUCGACAGCGGCCUUUGGGUGACCUAUGCGGCAGCCGAUGCCAAGGCACUGCGCCUGGGGCUUCUCAAGAGGAGGGCCAUCCUGCAUCAGGAGGGACACAUGGACGAUGCCCUCUCGCUGACCCGCUGCCAGCAUGAGGAAUCGCAAGCUGCCCGGAUGAUCUACAGCACUUCCGGACUUUACAACCAGUUCAUCAAGGGCCUGGACACCCUUAGCGGAAAGAACAAGGCAAGCACAACGGUGACACUUCCCAUCGAUGGGAUGAUUCUCAGCUUGCAGGAUCUGAUCAACUACUUCCAGCACCCCGAGGAAGAGCUGCAGCAUGAAGAGAAACAGACCAAGCUCCGUUCCCUCAAAAACAGGCAAAACCUCUUCCAGGAGGAGGGCAUGAUCUCACUUGUCCUCAACUGCAUUGACCGCCUCAAUGUGUACAGCACCGCAGCACACUUUGCUGAGUAUGCCGGCGAGGAAGCGUCUGAGUCCUGGAAGGAGAUUGUCAACCUGCUGUAUGAGUUGCUCGCCUCGCUGAUCCGUGGGAACCGCUCCAACUGUGCCCUCUUCUCCAACAACCUGGACUGGCUGGUUAGCAAGCUGGAUCGGCUGGAGGCUUCCUCGGGCAUCCUGGAGGUCUUGUACUGCGUACUCAUUGAAAGCCCUGAAGUGCUGAACAUCAUCCAAGAGAACCACAUCAAGUCCAUCAUCUCGCUUCUGGACAAACACGGGCGCAACCACAAAGUCCUGGACGUCCUCUGCUCUCUGUGCGUCUGCAAUGGCGUGGCCGUUCGCUCCAACCAAAACCUCAUAACUGAAAACUUGCUCCCGGGGAGGGACUUGCUCCUGCAGACUAAACUUAUCAACUAUGUCACCAGCAUGCGCCCCAACAUCUUCCUGGGCACACAUGAGGGCUCCACCCAGUACAAGAAGUGGUACUAUGAGCUGAUUGUGGAUUACGUGGAACCAUUCGUGACUGUCCAGGCCACCCACUUGCGGGUUGGCUGGGCCAUGACAGAAGGCUACAGCCCUUACCCUGGGGGCGGAGAAGGCUGGGGAGGCAAUGGUGUUGGGGAUGACCUCUACUCCUUUGGCUUCGAUGGUCUGCACCUGUGGUCAGGCCGCGUGGCCCGGCCUGUGACAUCACCCGGGCAGCAUACGCUGGGGGCGGACGACGUGGUGAGCUGUUGCCUGGACCUGAGUGUGCCCAGCAUCUCCUUCCGCAUCAAUGGCUUCCCAGUCCAGGGCAUGUUUGAGAACUUCAAUCUGGACGGGCUCUUCUUCCCUGUGGUCAGCUUCUCUGCAGGCAUCAAGGUGCGCUUCCUCCUAGGGGGCCGUCACGGAGACUUCAAGUUCCUGCCCCCACCAGGCUAUGCCCCCUGCUACGAGGCCCUCCUGCCCCGCGAGAAGAUGCGCGUGGAGCCGAUCAAGGAGUACAAGCACGACUUCAGCGGGUUCCGGAACCUUCUAGGCCCCACGCAGUCUUUGUCCCACACCUCCUUCACGCCAUACCCUGUUGACACCGUCCAAAUUGUGCUGCCCCCCCAUCUUGAGCGGAUCCGGGAGAAACUGGCUGAGAAUAUCCACGAGCUUUGGGCACUGACCCGCAUCGAGCAAGGGUGGACCUAUGGCACGAUCCGUGAUGACAACAGGCGUUUGCAUCCGUGUUUGCUGGAUUUCCACAGCCUGCCCGAACCAGAACGUAAUUACAACCUGCAGAUGUCAGGAGAGACACUCAAGACCCUGCUUGCUUUGGGCUGCCACGUGGGGAUGGCAGACGAGAAGGCCGAAGAGAACCUCAAGAAGACGAAGCUGCCCAAAACGUACAUGAUGUCCAAUGGCUACAAGCCAGCGCCUCUGGACCUCAACCAUGUCAAGCUAACCCCAGCCCAGAAUACCCUGGUGGACAAGCUGGCUGAGAACGGACACAAUGUCUGGGCAAGAGACCGUGUCCAACAGGGGUGGACCUACAGUGCUGUGCAGGACAUCAAAAACAAGCGCAAUCCCCGCCUGGUGCCCUACAGCCUGCUGGAUGAGCGGACCAAGAAAACCAACAGGGAUAGCUUGCGGGAGGCUGUGCGGACUCUCAUCGGCUACGGGUACAAUAUCGAGCCGCCAGACCAGGAAGCCAGUCAGGACAUGACCAAGACCCGAUCAGAGAAGGUCCGCAUCUUCCGGGCGGAGCAGUUCUAUGCGGUGAAGUCGGGCAAGUGGUACUUCGAGUUCGAGGCGGUCACCACAGGCGAGAUGCGUGUGGGCUGGGCCCGGCCAAACGUGCGGCCCGACGUGGAGCUGGGAGCAGACGAGCUCUCCUAUGUUUUCAAUGGGCACCGGGGCCAGCGCUGGCAUGUGGGCAGCGAGCCCUUUGGCCGCCCGUGGCAACCAGGCGACGUGGUGGGCUGCAUGAUAGACUUCAUUGACAACAACAUCAUGUUUACACUCAACGGGGAAAUGUUGAUCAGUGAUUCCGGGUCAGAGCUGGCCUUCAAGGAAAUUGAGAUUGGCGAUGGCUUCAUUCCAGUGUGCAGCCUGGGCUUGUCCCAGGUUGGCCGCCUCAACUUGGGACAAGACGUCAGCAGUCUCCGCUACUUCACCAUCUGUGGCCUGCAGGAGGGCUUUGAGCCCUUCGCCAUCAACAUGAAGCGGGACAUCACCAUGUGGUUCAGCAAGAGCCUCCCCCAGUUCUCCCCCGUGCCGGAAGAGCACCCUCACUACGAGGUGUCCCGGAUCGACGGCACUGUGGACAACCCGCCGUGCCUUAAGUUGACGCACAGGACUUUUGGGUCACAAAAUGCGGUGGUGGAACUCCUCUUCCUGCGCCUCAGUAUGCCUGUGGAGUUCCAUGAGAAGUUCAAGUUCCAGGCAGGCACCACACCCCUCACCCAUGCCCUCACCAUCCCUGAGGAGGAUGUCAAGGACGUUGACCUCGACUCAGAGUUUGAGCAGCUGAGGAAAACUGCCAGCCGUAAAGAGUCUGAGGAGGCUGAGAAGGAGAAGCAGGGCCCUGCUUCGCCCACCACGCCCAAGGAGCCCCCCAAGGAGCCCCCCAAGACAGAGAAUGAGAAGGACGCCUCUACAGAAAAGAACAAGACUAAGCGAGGAUUCCUGUUCAAGGCCAAGAAGGCCACUACCUUCAUCACCCCUCCUCCCGUGGUCCCCACAGUACCUCGGCUGGAAGAGGAAGUGGUUCCGGAUGACCGAGAUGACCCCGAAAUCAUCAUGAACACCACAACCUAUUACUACUCAGUCCGGAUCUUCGCAGGCCAAGAGCCCACCUGCGUCUGGGUAGGCUGGGUCACCCCUGACUACCACCAGCAUGACAUGAACUUUGACCUCAGCAAGGUGCGCAAUGUCACUGUCACCAUGGGCGAUGACAAGGGAAACAUCCAUGACAGCAUCAAGCGAAGCAGUUGCUACAUGGUCUGGGGAGGGGACUUUGUCAGCAGUACCCAGCAAACCCGGGUUAGCACGGUGGACCUGGUGAUUGGCUGCCUUGUGGACUUGGCAACAGGCCUUAUGACCUUCACGGCCAAUGGGAAGGAGGUCAACACUUUCUUCCAGGUGGAGCCAAACACCAAGCUGUUUCCUGCUAUCAUUGUUCUCCCAACAAGCCAGAACGUGGUCCAGUUUGAACUGGGAAAGCUGAAGAAUAUCAUGCCCAUCUCUGCCGCCAUGUUCCGCAGUGAGCGGAAGAACCCGGAACCCCAGUGCCCACCACGGCUCAUCAUCCAGAUGCUGACACCGAUGACCUGGAGCCGAAUGCCCAAUGAAUUCCUGCGGGUGGACGUCGGCCGUGUCGGUGAACGGCAUGGCUGGAUGGUUGAGUGUACGGACCCGAACAUCAUGAUGGCCCUCCACAUCCCUGAGGAAAGCCGGUGCAUUGACAUCCUGGAGCUGUCAGAGCGGCUGGACCUGCUGAAGUUCCACUCGCAUACUCUGAAGCUGUACUGCGCCGUGUGCGCCUUGGGCAACAACCGGGUGGCGCAUGCCCUGUGCAGCCACAUGGACGAGUCGCAGCUCCUGCACACCAUCGAGAGCAACCACCUGCCCGGCCUCCUGCGCAGCGGCUACUACGACCUGCUCAUCAGCAUGCACCUGGAGUCGGCCAAGCGCUCCCGCCUCAUGAUGAACAGCGAGUUCAUCGUCCCCAUGACAGACAAUACCAAGAGCAUCACCCUCUUCCCAGACGAGACCAAGAAACAAGGCUUGCCCGGGGUGGGCAUGAGCACCUGCCUGCGCCCUCCGCUGCACUUCUCGGACACCUGCUUCGUCAGCACCAGCUCGGAGCUCUACCAGCUGAGUCCUUCCAUCCCUUUGGACAUCCUGAAGGUCAAAGCCAUCAACAUGCUGACCGAGGCUGUCCAAGAUGGCGGACAGCACACCCGCGACCCUGUAGGGGGCAGCGUGGAGUUCCAGUUCGUGCCGGUCCUCAAGCUGAUCUGCACCCUCCUCAUCAUGGGCGUCUUCGAGGACGAGGACGUGCGCCAUAUCCUCAAGAUGAUCGAGCCCAACGUCUUUAGUGAGGCCAAGGAAGAGGAGGAAGCGGCGGCAGCUGCCGAAGGGGCUGAAGAAGGAGAAGAGCUGAUGUUUGCGGAGGGGGAGGGGGAGGAGGAGGUGGUGAUGGAGGAGGAAGAGGAGGAGGGGGCAGAGAAAGAAGCCGGAGGGGAUCAGAAGAAGGAAGGUGAGGAAGGCGAAAAGCGAGAGCUGAAGGCCAUCGAGGCCGGGGAGGCAGAGGCCAAGGAGCAGGAGGAGGGACUGGAGGAAGGCCUGCUGCAGAUGAAGCUGCCUGAAUCUGUCAAGCUGCAGAUGUGCAACCUGCUGCAGUUCUUCUGUGACCGGGAGCUGCAGCACCGUGUGGAAGCCAUCAUUGCUUUCUCGGAGCGCUACAUGGACAACCUGCAGACCAACCAGCGCCAGCGCUACAACACGCUGAUGCUGGCCUUCACCAUGUCGGCGGCUGAGACUGCUCGGCGCACCCGGGAAUUCCGCUCACCUCCGCAGGAACAGAUUAACAUGCUGCUGCAUUUCAAGAACGGGGCUGAUGAGGAGGAAUGCCCGGUACCCGACGAGAUCCGGGACGAGCUGCUGGAGUUCCACACCGACCUGCUGUCUCACUGUGGCAUCCAAGCGGAAGGUGAGGAAGAGGAGGAGGAGGAAGAAACAUCCUUCCGCCGGCGGUUGAUGAGCUUAGUGGAGAAGGUGGUGAGCUUCCGCAAGAAGAAGGAGGAGACAGAAGAGGAGCAGCCCCAGGAGGAGGAGCCAAAGCCCAGCACUCUGCAAGAGCUGAUCUCGCACACCAUGGUCCAUUGGGCCCAGGAGUCCUUCAUCCAGAGCCCCGAGUUGGUGCGGGUCAUGUUUAGCCUCCUCCAUCGUCAGUACGACAGCCUCGGGGAGUUGAUCCGUGCCAUGCCCAAAGCUUACACCAUCAACGCCAACUCGGUGGAUGACACCAUGAGCCUGCUGGAGUCCUUGGGCCAGAUCCGCUCGCUGCUCAUCGUCCAGAUGGGGCCUGAGGAGGAGAACCUGAUGAUCCAGAGCAUUGGGAACAUUAUGAACAACAAAGUCUUCUACCAACACCCCAACCUGAUGAGGGCCCUGGGCAUGCACGAGACGGUCAUGGAAGUCAUGGUGAACGUGCUGGGAGGCGGGGAUUCAAAGGAGAUCCGCUUCCCCAAGAUGGUGACCAACUGCUGCCGUUUCCUGUGCUACUUCUGCCGCAUCAGCCGCCAGAACCAGCGCUCAAUGUUCGACCACCUCAGCUACCUGCUGGCGAACAGCGGCAUCGGGCUGGGCAUGCGUGGGUCCACCCCCUUGGACGUGGCUGCUGCGUCUGUCAUCGAUAACAACGAGCUGGCUCUGGCCCUGCAGGAGCAAGACCUGGAUAAGGUGGUGACAUAUCUGGCGGGGGCUGGCCUCCAGAGCUGCGCUAUGCUGCUCGCCAAGGGAUACCCCGACAUUGGCUGGAACCCCUGCGGUGGGGAGCGUUACCUGGACUUCCUGCGCUUCACUGUCUUUGUCAACGGUGAGAGUGUGGAAGAGAAUGCCAACGUAGUGGUGCGCUUGCUGAUCCGGCGUCCCGAGUGCUUCGGCCCUGCCCUGCGGGGUGAAGGAGGCAAUGGGCUGUUAGCGGCCAUUGAGGAGGCCAUCCAGAUCUCCCAGGACCCUGCCCGUGAUGGGCCCACAGUCAAGAAAGAUCGCCGUCGGGAGCUGUUUGGGGGCGAGGAAACUCAUGAGGAAAACCGGGUUCAUUUGGGCAAUGCAGUCAUGUCCUUUUAUGCUGCCCUCAUCGAUUUGCUGGGGCGCUGUGCCCCCGAGAUGCAUCUCAUCCAGGCUGGGAAAGGUGAAGCCCUCCGGAUCAGAGCCAUUUUGCGCUCCUUGGUACCCAUUGAGGACCUUGUUGGCGUUAUCAGUCUCCCGCUGCAGAUCCCUUCAUUUGGCAAAGAUGGCAACGUUAUUGAGCCCAAGAUGUCUGCCAGCUUCGUGCCUGACCACAAGUCACCCAUGGUGCUGUUCCUGGACCGGGUCUACGGCAUCGACAACCAAGAUUUCCUCCUCCACGUGCUGGAGGUGGGCUUCUUGCCCGACAUGCGAGCUGCUGCCUCACUGGACACGGCCUCCUUCAGCACCACGGAGAUGGCGCUGGCCAUGAACCGCUACCUCUGCUUGGCAGUGCUGCCGCUCAUCACCAAGUGCGCCCCCCUCUUCGCUGGCACGGAGCACCGGGCCAUCAUGGUGGACUCCAUGCUACACACCAUCUACCGGCUCUCGCGCGGGCGCUCCCUCACCAAGGCGCAGCGUGAUGUCAUUGAGGAGUGCCUCAUGGCUCUGUGCAGGUAUAUCCGCCCCUCCAUGCUGCAACACCUCCUUCGCCGGCUGGUGUUUGAUGUGCCCAUCCUCAACGAGUUUGCAAAGAUGUCCCUGAAGCUCCUGACCAACCAUUACGAGCGCUGUUGGAAGUACUACUGCCUUCCUACUGGCUGGGCCAACUAUGGGGUCACCUCUGAGGAGGAGCUGCACCUGACCCGGAAGCUCUUCUGGGGCAUCUUCGAGUCGCUGUCCCAUAAGAAAUAUGACUCUGACCUCUACAAGCUGGCCAUGCCCUGCCUGUGUGCCAUUGCAGGCGCCAUUCCCCCCGACUACGUGGACGCCAGCUACUCCUCCAAGACCGAGAAGAAGGCCUCUGUGGACGCCGAAGGCAACUUUGACCCCAAGCCCGUGGAGACGCUCAACGUCAUAAUCCCUGAGAGGCUGGACUCCUUCAUCAACAAGUACGCAGAGUACACUCAUGAGAAGUGGGCCUUUGACAAGAUCCAAAACAACUGGCAGUUUGGGGAGACGGUUGAUGAGGAGGCCAAGACGAACCCCAUGUUGCGCCCCUAUAAAACCUUCUCAGAAAAGGAUAAGGAAAUUUACCGGUGGCCCAUCAAGGAAUCUCUAAAGGCCAUGAUCGUUUGGGAAUGGACUGUUGAGAAGGCCCGUGAGGGGGAGGAGGAGAAGACUGAGAAGAAGAAGACCCGCAAGAUCUCACAGACACAGACCUAUGACCCCAGCCACGGCUACAACCCCCAGCCCAUAGACCUGACGGGAGUGACCCUUUCCAGGGAACUGCAGGCCAUGGCAGAACAGCUGGCUGAAAACUACCACAACACCUGGGGACGCAAGAAGAAGCUGGAACUGGAAGCCAAAGGGGGCGGUACCCACCCACUGCUCGUGCCUUACGACACACUAACGGCCAAGGAGAAGGCCCGAGACCGAGAGAAGGCCCAGGAGUUGCUCAAAUUCCUGCAACUUAAUGGCUAUGCAGUGACAAGGGGGCUGAAAGACAUGGAACUGGACACCUCCUCCAUCGAGAAACGCUUUGCCUACGGGUUCCUGCAGAAGCUGCUGAAAUGGAUGGAUAUCUCGCAGGAGUUCAUUGCUCACCUGGAGGCUGUGGUGAGCAGUGGGCGGGUGGAGAAAUCCCCCCAUGAACAGGAGAUCAAGUUCUUUGCCAAGGUUCUGCUCCCCUUGAUCAACCAAUACUUCACCAAUCACUGCCUCUACUUCUUGUCCACACCAGCCAAACUUCUAGGCAGUGGGGGCCAUGCCUCCAACAAGGAGAAGGAGAUGAUCACUAGCCUUUUCUGCAAACUGGCGGCCCUGGUCAGGCACCGGGUUUCUCUCUUUGGCACAGAUGCUGCUGCUGUGGUCAACUGCCUGCACAUCCUUGCACGCUCUCUGGAUGCCAGGACGGUGAUGAAAUCGGGCCCCGAGAUUGUGAAGGCUGGGCUGCGGUCCUUUUUUGAGGGUGCCUCCGAUGACAUUGAGAAGAUGGUGGAGAACCUCAAGCUGGGCAAAGUGUCACAGUCCCGCACCCAGGUCAAGGGGGUGGGCCAGAACAUCACCUACACCACCGUGGCCCUGCUUCCCGUCCUCACCUCCAUCUUCGAGCACAUUGCCCAGCACCAGUUUGGGGACGACGUCAUGUUGGAUGAUGUGCAAGUCUCCUGCUACCGAACUCUAUGCAGCAUCUAUUCCUUGGGCACAACCAAAAGUCCUUAUGUAGAGAGGCAACGCCCACAACUCGGAGAAUGCUUGGCACGGCUGGCAGCAGCGAUGCCCGUGGCCUUCCUGGAGCCCCAUCUCAACGAAUACAACCCCUUCUCUGUCUACACCACCAAAUCACCGAGGGAGCGAGCCAUCCUAGGCCUGCCGAACUGUGUGGAAGAAAUGUGCCCCGACAUCCCAGUUCUGGACAAGCUGAUGAAGGAUAUUAGUGGAUUGGCGGAGUCCGGGGCCCGCUACACUGAGAUGCCCCACGUCAUUGAGGUCACCUUGCCCAUGCUCUGCAACUACUUGCCCCGUUGGUGGGAGAGGGGCUCUGAGACCAACCCCCAGGGGCCCUGGUGCACGGAAGUGACCUCCAACCAACUGAACACCUUGCUGGGCAAUAUCCUGAAGAUCAUCGUCAACAACUUGGGAAUAGAUGAAGCUUCCUGGAUGAAGCGGUUGGCAGUGUUUGCUCAGCCCAUCGUCAGCAAGGCCAAGCCAGAACUGCUUCGCUCCCACUUCAUCCCCACCAUGGAGAAGCUGAAGAAGCGCUCUGGGAAGGUGGUGGCCGAGGAAGACCAGCUGCGGCUGGAGGCCAAGGCCGAGACGGAGGAUGCGGAGCUGCUGAUCCGGGACGAGUUCUCGGUGCUGUGCCGGGAUCUUUAUGCCCUCUACCCACUGCUCAUCCGCUAUGUUGACAACAACAGGGCCAACUGGUUGACGGAGCCAAAUUCAGAUGCUGAGGAGCUCUUCCGGAUGGUUGGGGAGGUGUUCAUUUACUGGUCAAAGUCACACAACUUUAAACGGGAAGAACAGAACUUUGUCGUGCAGAAUGAAAUCAACAACAUGUCCUUCCUGACAGCCGACAGCAAAAGCAAAAUGUCCAAGGCUGGAGAAGGCCAGUCGGGCGGCUCGGACCAAGAGCGGACCAAGAAGAAACGGCGUGGGGACCGGUACUCCGUGCAGACCUCCCUGAUUGUGGCCACACUCAAGAAGAUGCUCCCCAUCGGCCUGAACAUGUGCUCUCCAGCUGACCAGGAGCUGAUCAACAUGGCCAAGAUACGCUAUGCCCUGAAAGACACUGACGAGGAGGUGCGUGAAUACCUGACCAACAACCUAAACCUUCAGGGCAAGUGUGAGAACUCCUCGUCCAUGCGCUGGCAGAUGGCUCUCUAUAAGGAGAUGUCGGGCAAAGCCGAGGACUCCAACGAUCCAGAGAAGAUAGUCAAACGGGUCCAGGAGGUCUCCGCCGUGCUGUACCACCUGGAGCAGACAGAGCACCCUUACAAGUCAAAGAAGGCCGUUUGGCACAAGCUGCUCUCCAAGCAACGCCGCCGGGCCGUGGUGGCCUGCUUCCGCAUGACGCCGCUCUACAACCUGCCCAGGCACCGGGCUUGCAACAUGUUCUUGGAGAGCUACAAGCUGUCCUGGAUCCUCACUGAAGAGCACCCCUUUGAAGACAGGAUGAUUGACGACCUGUCGAAACCAGCAGCAGAAGAGGAGGAGGAGGAAGAGGAGGCCGAAAAGAAACCAGACCCCCUGCACCAGCUCAUCCUCCAUUUCAGCAGGACAGCCCUGACAGAGAAGAGCAAACUGGACGAAGACCAUCUUUACAUGGCAUAUGCUGACAUCAUGGCUAAGAGUUGCCACAUCAACGAAGGUGAAGACGAAGGCAACGGCGAAGGUGGCGAAGAAGGGGAAGAGGCUGAAAUUCCCUUUGAGGAGAAGGAGAUGGAGAAGCAGAAACUUCUGUACCAGCAGGCCCGACUGCACAACCGUGGGGCAGCCGAGAUGGUCCUGCAGAUGAUUAGCGCCUGCAAAGGAGAGCCUGGUGCCAUGGUCUCCUCCACCCUGAAACUGGGCAUCUCCAUCCUGAAUGGCGGCAAUGAGGAAGUGCAGCAGAAAAUGCUGGAUUAUCUGAAAGAGAAACGGGAAGUGGGAUUCUUCCAGAGUGUUCAGGCACUCAUGCAGACAUGCAGCGUGCUGGACCUCAACGCCUUUGAGAGGCAAAACAAGGCUGAAGGACUGGGCAUGGUGACGGAGGAUGGAACGAUCAUCAGUCGUGAAAAUGGAGAGAAGGUGAUGGCCGACGAUUUGUUUACACAGGACCUCUUUCGGUUCCUGCAGCUCCUUUGUGAAGGACACAACAAUGACUUCCAGAACUACCUGCGGACGCAGACAGGGAACACCAACACCAUCAACAUUAUCAUCUGCACCGUUGAUUACCUUCUGCGUCUGCAGGAGUCCAUCAGCGAUUUCUACUGGUAUUACUCGGGCAAGGACGUGAUUGACGAACAGGGCAAGCGCAACUUUUCCAAGGCCAUGGCCGUGGCCAAGCAGGUCUUCAACAGCCUCACGGAGUACAUCCAGGGGCCAUGCACAGGGAAUCAGCAGAGCUUAGCUCACAGCAGGCUCUGGGAUGCUGUCAUCGGCUUCCUCCAUGUCUUUGCUCACAUGAUGAUGAAGUUGGCCCAGAUGACCCAAACCCCAGGACUUCGAAAUGGCGAUCAUUUUCGGAGUGAAUCCUACCCUGAGGAUUCCAGCCAGAUUGGGCUUCUGAAGGAGCUGCUGGAUCUGCAGAAGGACAUGGUGGUGAUGUUGCUGUCCCUGCUGGAAGGGAAUGUGGUGAAUGGCACCAUUGCUCGGCAGAUGGUGGACAUGUUGGUAGAAUCCUCCAGCAACGUGGAGAUGAUCCUCAAGUUCUUCGACAUGUUCUUGAAGCUGAAGGACAUUGUGGCAUCGGAUGCCUUCCGGGACUACAUCAUAGACCCACGAGGGCUCAUCUCCAAAAAGGAUUUCCAAAAGGCCAUGGAUAGCCAGAAGCAGUACACACCUUCCGAGAUCCAGUUCUUGCUCUCUUGCUCAGAGGCCGAUGAGAAUGAGAUGAUUGACUAUGAGGAAUUUGCCAACCGUUUCCAGGAGCCGGCCAAGGACAUUGGGUUCAACAUUGCCGUGCUGCUGACCAACCUUUCGGAGCACAUGCCUCAUGACAACCGCCUCAAGAACUUCCUAGAGUUGGCAGAGUGCAUCCUCAACUAUUUCCGUCCCUACCUUGGCCGCAUAGAGAUAAUGGGUGCCAGCAAACGCAUCGAACGCAUCUACUUUGAGAUCAGCGAGACCAACAAAACGCAAUGGGAGAUGCCCCAAGUCAAGGAGUCCAAGCGGCAGUUUAUCUUCGACGUGGUCAAUGAGGGAGGAGAGUCAGAGAAGAUGGAGCUCUUCAUCAACUUCUGCGAGGAUACCAUCUUUGAGAUGCAGAUUGCGGCACAGAUUUCAGAGGAGGAGGGCCAGGAAGAGGAAGAAGAAGAGGAGGAAGGAGAAGGGGCUGAAGGUGGGGAGGCAGAGAAAGUAUCAGCGCCCUCAGAGCCAUCCUCGGCCUUUGGGGAGUUUGUGGAGAGCAUCCUGAACUUCUUCUGCUUGUUCACCUACCGCAACAUCCGCCGACGGUUCCGCAAAGUCAAGAAAAUGACCAUCAAGGAGAUGGCCAUGGGCGUGGCUACCUUCAUCUACACCAUCCUGAUGGGCAUCCUCUUCUUCUUCUACAACAUCUUCAAGGGCAUCUUCCUCCUCAUCUGGAACACACUCUUUGGUGGCGGCUUGGUAGAGGAGGCCAAGAAGAUCACAAUGACUGAACUGUUGGCCAGCAUGCCCGACCCAACACAGGACGAGGUGCACGGAGAUGUGGCGCCCUCAGAAGAAGUCGAACAGGCAGAGGAGGAAGGGGAAGAGGUGGAGAUUGUGGGUCCUGGUAAGGAAGAAGCGGACACAGAGGGCGGUGAAGUCUUCGGAGACAUGAAGAAAGAGCAUUUCCGGUCCAUGGCAGCCGACGCACCUGGUGGCCUCGGAGAUAUGGGGGACACAACCCCAGUGGAGCCUCCUACACCUGAAGGGUCACCUAUCCUCAAGAGAAAACUAGGAGUGGAAGGUGAGGAAGAGGAACCAGAGCCGGAAAAGAUUGAGGAGCCCCCUGCCGAAGCAGAGAAAGCGGAUGCGGAAAAUGGGGAGAAGGCAGCAAAGGAGGAAGGAGAGGAGAAGAAGGAGGAGGAAGAGCCCAAGGAGGAGGAGAAGCCAGAGGCCCCUGUGAAGGAGAAGAAGAAAGUGGCCCAGCGGGACAAGAAGGAGCCCGAGGAAGCGGUCUCGGAGUUUUGGAAUGAGCUGGAGAUACAGAGGAUAAAAUUCCUGAAUUACCUGUCCAGGAAUUUCUACAACCUGCGCUUCCUUGCCCUCUUCCUGGCCUUCGCCAUCAACUUCAUCCUGCUCUUCUACAAGGUGUCAGACACGCCACCAGGGGAGGAGGAGUUUGAGGGCUCCGGGUUCGAAGGGGAGCUGGACACGGGCUCUGGCUCCGGAUUUGGUGGGGGAGAUGAUGACGGCGGAGAUGGGAACGGCAAUGGGGACGAGGAUGACGAGGACAGCGUGGUCUACUUCUUCCUGGAGGAAAGCACGGGCUACAUGCAGCCCGCCUUGCAGUUCCUAUCCAUCGUCCACACCCUGGUUUCCUUCCUGUGCAUCAUCGGCUACAACUGCCUCAAGGUGCCGCUGGUCAUCUUCAAGCGGGAGAAGGAGCUGGCCCGCAAGCUGGAAUUCGACGGGAUGUACAUCACGGAGCAGCCGGAAGACGACGACAUCAAGGGCCAGUGGGACCGCCUUGUGCUCAACGCACUGUCUUUCCCGAGCAAUUAUUGGGACAAAUUCAUCAAGAGAAAGGUGCUAGAUAAAUACGGCGACAUCUAUGGACGAGAGAGGAUCGCAGAACUGCUGGGGAUGGAUUUGGCCAGUUUGGAAAUCACAGCACAGAAUGAGAAGAAGCCCGAACCGGACACAUCUAUUCUUUCUUGGAUCACCUCUAUUGACAUCAAGUACAAGAUCUGGAAAUUCGGAGUGAUCUUCACAGACAACUCGUUCUUGUACCUCUUCUGGUACAUGGUGAUGUCCCUCCUCGGCCACUACAACAACUUCUUCUUUGCCUGCCACCUGCUGGACAUCGCCAUGGGCGUCAAGACGCUGCGGACCAUCCUCUCCUCCGUCACGCACAACGGCAAGCAGCUGAUGAUGACGGUCGGGCUGCUGGCGGUGGUCGUCUACCUCUACACUGUGGUCGCCUUCAACUUUUUCCGCAAGUUCUACAACAAGAGUGAGGAUGAAGAUGAACCGGACAUGAAAUGUGAUGACAUGAUGACGUGCUACCUGUUUCAUAUGUAUGUGGGGGUGCGAGCUGGUGGAGGCAUCGGUGACGAGAUUGAGGACCCGGCAGGCGAUGAGUAUGAACUCUACCGCGUCAUCUUUGACAUUACCUUCUUCUUCUUUGUCAUCGUCAUCUUGCUGGCCAUCAUCCAAGGUUUGAUCAUUGAUGCCUUUGGGGAGCUGAGAGACCAGCAGGAGCAGGUGAAGGAAGACAUGGAGACCAAAUGUUUCAUCUGUGGAAUUGGCAGUGACUAUUUUGACACGACGCCCCACGGCUUUGACACCCACACGCUGGAGGAACAUAACUUGGCAAAUUACAUGUUCUUCCUCAUGUACCUCAUCAACAAGGACGAAACGGAGCACACUGGCCAGGAAUCCUACGUCUGGAAGAUGUACCAAGAGCGUUGCUGGGACUUCUUCCCCGCUGGAGACUGUUUCCGCAAGCAGUAUGAGGAUCAGCUCGGCUAGAGGCCUCCCUGCCCUGUGGGGCGUUGGGGGACCCCGCUCUGAGUCCUCCUCCCCCCUUUGCCUCCUCCCUCCUGCCCUGGAGGGGAGGGGGCCGCAACCAUGCAGAGCCACACACCCCAGCUGGCCUUUCUUGACGAGCAAGCGGUGGCGGGGAAGCAGGGAGAGGCUGGCUCGUCCACCGCCCCCCCUUCUGCUGCCAACAACAGCCCCGCUUCCCUUGCCCCAUACCUGGCCUGACUUCCUUGGCAGCUGGGCCAAAGAGACGAGUCUCCCUGCCCCCUGGAGAAAUGAGCUGCCGGUUUCAGGGCCGGCUCGCACCUUGGGCCGCCCUUGGCUCCCCGCCUGGCCAGUAACUCUUUCCGCAGGUCUUCUCGCCUGUUUCUGUCCCAUGCAGGGGGAGGGGGGCAAUCCAUGCAAUAUUUCCCUUCCUGGGUCAAAGCCCCCCUUUCCCCAGUUUCAAGUGCCUUUUUACAGACUCUUACCCCGAGGGAGAGGGGGUGGGGGGGGGAGAGCCGGAUGCUCUUUUAGGUUCAGGAGGAGGAGGGUAGAGUUCUCUUGCUGCUGCUGUCUGUCGAGGGCGGGGGGGGGAGCCGGCUGCUUGUGCAGGGGGAGGAAGGGGCUCGGAGUGGCUCCAGGCUCUCCGGGGGGGGGCAGCACCGCCCAUGCCAACGCCCCCUCCUCCUGCUUCACAAUCCCUUCCAGUGUUGCCCUCCUGGGGGGGGAGGGUUGUGCUCCUUCUGCUGUGCACGGUGUGUGUGUGUAGGGGUGGUGGUGGUGUUCCUCUGCGCCAGCAGCUUCCUUCUGGUGCUGGGGGAGGCCCGUCAACCCUGCCCCACCCAGUCGACCCCCUUGUGUGUGUGUGUGUGUGUCUCUGCUGGGCUCAGUUGCCCCUCCUGCUCCCGGGAGCCACAGCCCCUUGUGCCCCUCUGCCCCUGCCCUCUGUGUCCACUGCCAGCGCCGUGGGAAGCUUGAAGCUGGGCCUGCUGGCGGGGGGGGGGGGGGCUGCCGGGUGCCUAGGCCCCGCCCUCCUCCCUGUGCCCAGCUUGGUUCCCUGCCAAUAAAAACCAUAGAUUGCUGCAA